AUGAUGGGUCUAAACAACUUCGGAACUACGAUCACGAUACUAACGGCCGUUACUCUCACAGCUCUCGCCGUCGAGAUCCUCUACGUUUUAUGGAAACGCCGUUUAAAACUCCGUCCACGUGUCCGUGCAGAGCCACAAGAACAACCAUCUCUUCCAUCGUCUUCACCUGAUCAAAGGGAGCGGGAGCUAGAGGAAGAGCUCGAGCAACACAUUGCAAAGUGGCAGUGUAUAAACGGUCUGUCGAGAGUUCUUUUCACGAUCAAGGAAGAAGAUAGAGAAGGAGUUGAUUCUGAGAGUGGUUCUUUGACGGAAUGUAGCGUUGUUACAGUGAAGAAAGCGUUGGCGGUGGGAAACACGCGUUUGAGUGAGAUUGAGAAUGAAAAUGUGGUUAUGGGUGAUGAUGAGGUUGUUUUGGACGUUGAAGAGUUGUUGAAUGAAACGACGCCGUAUUCGACACCUUAUUAUACACUGCUAUCUUCGCCGACGCGCUGUAAUGAAUGA